AUGACGAAUUUAGACGGAAGCGAAAACAAAAACGACGUCCCUCAUGUUAGGCCCCCGAUCAAUCGCACCAACGACUACACGAUCGUGAUGAAAACAAGGCGAAAUAGUGAGGAAUUCCUACCCGCGGAAUGGAGAAAUAUUCCGGAAUUUGUUGGAAUCAAAAACGGCAAUGUUGAUCAAGAAUGUCGAAGCUUCUUCAGGAGUGUAUUGAAGUUAAGGGAGUUAGGAAAAAUUCUCUCUGUUACUGGGUUUGAUCACCGUUCUGUUACCGGUCGCAAGUUAUGUGAGGUUUUGUUGACGGUUGGGAGUUUCGAUUAUUUGGUUAGCGGGUGGUUGAAAAAAGUUCUUGGUUCUGUUUGUCAGUUAGAAGAACGGUUCAGAAUUGGUGGAGGGUGGUUUUUGUUUUGUGUGGAGGUUUGGGGUGAAGGGUGGGAUAUUUCGGUUCUGUUUAUGAGAGAGUUGGAAGCAUGUUCCGGUUCAGCAUUGAGGUGGGAAGUUGUUAUGGAUUACGAUGUUGCUUUGAUAAUCAAGAUGACUAAUGUUGGUACAACUUAUGCAACAUCCGAGAAUACAGUUUCAACCCCUCCACCUACAAUCUCUAAUGAAAUGCCACCUCCUCACACUAAGAAGCGAAGGAAUCGUUCAGAGGUUUGGAAGCAUUUCAUUGUAUUGUCGGAAGAAGAACAAAAAGCUUCGUGCAAAUACUGUGACACGAAAAUUAAGUAUAAUAAUGGAACUAGUUCCAUGCAUGCUCAUGUAUCGAGAUGCCUUGUUUACAAGAGGCAAAGGACAUUAUCUUCUACGACAAGUGUUGAAGAACAUGUUGGCUCUCCUUUAAUUGUCAAGUUUGACCAGGAAGCCAUUAGAAGAGCAAUGGUUAAGAUGUUCAUAAACAUGGAGAUUCCUUUUCGGAAGGUUGAACAUGAGUCUUUUCAUGAAUUUAUGAGUCUCGCAUCACCAAGAUUUCAGAUUUGUUCACGCACAACACUAGCGCGUGAUGUCUUGAAACUAUGGGAUAGUGAAAGAAUGAUUUUGAAAAGUUUUCUCUCUCUGAAUUGUCGAAGAGUUUGUCUCACUACUGAUAUGUGGACUUCUUCUUGUCAAAAGUUGAGUUAUAUGUGUGUGACAGCCCAUUUCAUUGACAAUAAUUGGCACUUACAUAAGAAGAUUUUAACUUAUUGUCAAGUCACAAGUCAUACAGGGGAUGCUAUUUGUGCAACAAUGGAGAUGUGCUUGAACAGUUGGGGGUUAAACCGUGUGCUUAGUUUGACAGUUGAUAAUGCUUCAUCUAAUGAUGUUGGGGUUGAGCGUCUCAAGAGAAGGCUUUUGUCUAGGAAUAGUUUAGUUAUGAGUGGAAAUCAUUUUCAUAUGUGGUGUUGUGCGCAUAUAUUGAAUUUAGUUGUGAAAGAAGGUUUGAAAGACAUUGAUGGCUCUAUUGGUAGAAUCCGUCAUGCUGUGUGGUAUGUUAGAUUUUCUCCUGCGAGGCUUGCUAAAUUCAAGGCAUGUAUUGAUGAGGAAAGCAUGGAUUAUAAAGGUUUAGUUUGGCUAGAUGUUGAGACUCGUUGGAACUCAACAUACUUGAUGUUAGUAUCCGCAUCAAAACAUGAGAGGACCUUUGAAGAAUUAAGUUUUCGAGAUAAAAAGUAUGUGAAUGAGUUGACAAAGAAGGGGAAAGGUGUUCCGACAGAAGAAGAUUGGAAGCAUAUUAACUUAAUCAUCCCAUUCUUGAAGUUAUUUUAUGAUGCUACCUUACAUAUAUCGGGGUCAUCUUAUUUGACAAGCAAUAUUUAUAUGUUUGAGAUCCUGGGUAUUGGAAAGAGCAUUGUGGAUAUGUGUGCGUCUGAAGAUGAGCAUCUAUGUUCAGUAGCUCAAAAAAUGAAGAAGAAAUAUGAUAAAUAUUGGGGAAAUCAUGAGAAGCUUAACAUGUUGUUGUUGAUUGCUCUAGUAUUCGACCCUAGGCGCAAGAUUAGAUUGGCCGAUUGGAUGGUAAGGCGAUAUUAUAAUAAGGAUGAUGCUGACGCCUUGAAAGCAAAUUUAGAGUCUAGCUUGAAAUCUAUUUAUGAGGAAUAUCGUGUUGGAUUUAUGUCUCCUCAAGGUAAUUCAGAUGAGUUGCAAGUUUUUGGUGGUGUUAGUGAUCCUUAUGGAACUGCCGAGUUCUAUAUUUCAGAAGGGUGUGACAAUGCGGAUAAUGAGUUAACUACUUAUCUUGGAGAGAAGUUAGAGCAUAACAUGGAGAUAAAUGUUCUAGAGUGGUGGAAAGUGAACUCUGGCCGAUAUCCCAUCCUUUCAAACAUUGCAAGAGACAUGCUGAAUAUACCUAUAAGCACAGUGGCUUCUGAAUCUGCAUUCAAAAAUGAUGAUGAAAGUCUGCUGUCUUGUGGUCCUGCAUCAAAAGCCAUGAAAAUGUGGAUGUAG